ACAAAAUCACACAACGAGAAAGAAAGAAAGGAGAGAGAGAGAGAGAGAGAGAAAAAAAAAAAAAAAGAAGACGAAAAAUUUCGAGCCCAAUUUCCACUUCAUGCCCCGCAUGGGAGAAGUCCAGGUCCAUUGAGAGGCUUCUUAGCUAGACGAUCGUCUCCUUUCCAAGGACAAAGAGGCUCUCUGCUGUAGGACAGAAGCUUCGUUUCCAUGGCUCAGAUUCCGAACCUAGACAAUGCACCUCUCAACCUCAGAUCCCUAAGGGAACAUUCUCAGAAGGAGCUCGUAAACAUCCUCAAGAAUAUUAGAGGAAAGAAGUGUUUGGUCAUUGAUCAGAAGCUUAGUGGCUCUCUCUCAGUGAUUAUCCAGACUUCACUUCUUAAGGAGCAUGGGGUUGAAUUGCGACAUCUUUCAGCCGAACCUAUUCAAGCCGAUUCUACCAAAGUGGUUUAUCUUGUCCGGUCUCAGCUUAGUUUGAUGAAAUAUAUUAGUUCCCAUGUCAAUACUGAUAUAUCUAAAGGUCUUCAGAGGGAAUAUUAUGUCUAUUUUGUCCCCCGCCGUGCAGUUGGUUGUGAGAAGAUCCUCGAGGAGGAAAACAUCCACCGCUUGUUGACUAUAGGAGAGUACCCAUUGUACAUAGUUCCAUUGGAUGAGGAUGUUUUAUCAUUUGAGCUUGAUCUAGCUUACAAAGAAUGCCAAGUUGAAGGUGAUACAAACUCACUUUGGCAUAUUGCAAAGGCUAUACACAAGCUAGAGUUUUCUUUUGGGGUAAUACCAAAUGUGAGGGCCAAAGGAAAAGCACCAGUACGUGUUGCUGAAAUUCUAAACUGAAUGCAAGCAGAGGAACCAGUUAACUCACCUGAGAUGGUGGUGCCAGAGAUAAAUACACUUAUCCUUUUAGAUAGGGAGGUGGACAUGGUUACUCCUAUGUGUUCUCAAUUGACAUACGAGGGACUUCUUGACGAGUUUCUACGCAUCAAUAAUGGGUCUGUGGAACUUGAUUCAUCUAUCAUGGGUGUCCAACAAGAGGGGAGAAAAAUCAAAGUUCCGCUUAAUUCUAGUGACAAGCUGUUUAAGGAGAUUCGAGAUCUCAACUUUGAAGUCGUUGUCCAGAUUCUUUGACAAAAAGCAACAUCCAUGAAGCAGGACUUCACAGAUAUGACAACAACUACCCAGACAGUUUCGGAAUUGAAGGACUUUGUAAAAAAGCUGAAUUCAUUGCCAGAAAUGACUAGGCAUAUAAAUCUUGCCCAGCAUUUGUCAACUUUUACAUCAAAGCCAUCAUUUCUUGCACAACUGGACAUGGAACACACUAUUGUUGAGGCUCAGAGUUAUGACAUAUGCUUUGAGUACAUUGAAGAAAUGAUCCAUAAGCAGGAACCACUGAUAAAUGUCCUACGUCUUCUCAUCUUAUUUUCUAUCACUAAUUCAGGGUUGCCUAAGAAGAAUUUUGACUAUUUGAGGAGAGAACUACUCCACAGUUAUGGAUUUGAACAUAUGGGUACUUUGAAUAACCUAGAAAAAGCUGGAUUGCUGAAAAAACAGGAGACCAAAAGCAACUGGCUGACUGUCAAACGUGCUCUGCAACUUGUAGUUGAAGACACUGACACAGUAAACCCUAAUGAUAUUUCAUACGUCUUUUCUGGAUAUGCACCUCUUAGUAUUCGCCUUGUUCAACAUGCUAUUCGAUCUGGAUGGCGUCCUAUUGAAGAAAUUUUGAAGCUUUUGCCUGGACCUCAUUCAGACCUAAAGCGAGGAAGGUUCUCAAGUAGUCCAUCAUUUGAUACCUUGCUGGGAUCUUCAGCCAGCAUAGACAAGGUAGCGGAUGGAAGGCGCUCCCUAGUACUUGUUGUCUUCAUUGGAGGUGUAACAUUUACAGAGAUUUCUGCUCUUUGAUAUCUUUGUGCUCAGGAAGGGAUGGCAUAUGAUUUAAUUGUUGGGACAAUAAAAAUUGUCAGCGGUCAUACAUUGACUGAAUCAUUUGUGGAGAAGUUUGGUUGACUUGUAAUAGAUUUCAUAUCUAUUUUGCUUCAUAUUUUUAUUUUUAUCCUUUGCUUCAGCUGGUAGGAGUAGAAAAAUGAAGCAUGUAGCAGACUUGUGGCUCAUGCUUGAUUCUACAUCUUGAUGCUGUCUUGGUUUGCUUAUAGAGACCGCCCUGUUGUAGCGAUUGCUGUAUGUUUUGUUUUUGUUAGUCUAAUGGGGGAACAAAUCUUAACCUUUAGCGCGGUUGAAGGAGAUUGGUUUAGUUGAAAAUUGACGUUUGUAUUGUGAAUUUGGAAUUCUAUUGCCAAUGACAUGGGAUUCUAUGAAGUAGAUUAGGUGAUUGUCUUUUUGGCAAAUGCUCGGGUUUUUGUUGUUUUCAAUCUUAGAUAAAAAAUAAUACAUAUUAAAACUUUGAUCUUAA